UUGUGUCGCCUGCAGACUGCGUGUAUGUGGACGCUGUCUCAACGGGUACCGUCUUCGUGAGGUGCCGACAGCGGAAACGUGAGUCUUCGUGCUACCUCGUGGGGACCGUGCGUGCGGACGCUCUGUGUGACGUCUGUACGCCUAGACGCAUAACCGAAGGCGAAAAAAACAAAAACGGCAACUGUGUGUACGCCUAGGAAGACGUCUAGACAACCCCAAGAUGGCUAACGACAACGGAAACGAGAUAAUGCAAGCGCUACUGGAACAAAACCGAAGGUUACUCGACCUCGUCGAGAGGAAACCAGAAACGUUUCAUGUUAUGCCGGACCUCAAUAAGGCUGUUCACGACUUCGACGGCGAGGGGUCGUCACACGAGGCCGGGGCGUGGCUCAAGAGUAUUGACUCCAUGGCAGUUCUGCACGGCUGGCCGGACAGCUUCAGGCUUCUGCAUGGAUAUCAACCAAGGAUGCAAGACGGUGUCCUCAGAUGGCUAAACACGGAGAAUGAUGAGUGGGUAUGUCCAGAGCAACUUCAAGAGACGGCGCAAAAUGACAUAAUGACCCAGCAAGGAAAGUCGAAGCAGUACUUCGACAGGCAUCACUUCGCAGCGGAAGGGCUGAGCGUUGGAGACGUAGUCGUCAUGCGCUGCAUUCCAGAGCACACCGGCGUCCCGACAAAAACCCAGAAGAAAUUCAGAGGCCCACUGACUGUGACGGAAGUACUCCCAGCGGACACCUACAGAGUGACCGAAAUGAAUGGGAAGAAGAGGGUCUACUCAACAACCGCCCACGUCAGCCAACUGAAGAGAUGGGGUGGAAGAUGCCAAGAACCGUCCGACCAAUCAAGCACCGACGAAGAAGACAGUGUGCCGAGACGCAGCGUGCGUGUGCCCAAAAGACCUUCGUACCUUGGGGACUACGCCACAUGAACUGAGGACAGUUCGCUGCCAGGAGUGGCCGAGUGUUAGCGAAAUCCGAA